UAGCCUUGGAGAGACCAUUUCAUGAGCAGAGCAGGAGCAGGCAGCUUGCAGACUCAAGAAAUACUUCCACGAUGACCACGGCAGGUGCUUUUAUGCUCCUCUCCUUUGCGCUUUGCAGCUUCCCAGAUGUUGCCUUUGGGGUUGAGGUGGACUGCAGUACGUAUCCCAACACCACAAAUGAGGAAGGCAAAGAGGUACUGGUCUGCACCAAGAGCCUCAGCCCCAUCUGUGGUACCGAUGGAGUCACCUACAGCAAUGAGUGCCUGCUCUGUGCCUACAACAUAGAAUAUGGAACCAAUGUCAGCAAAGACCAUGAUGGAGAAUGCAAGGAAGUUAUCCCUGUGGACUGCAGUAGAUAUCCCAACACAACAAAUGAGGAAGGAAAAGCGGUGUUGCUCUGCAACAAAGACCUCAGCCCCAUCUGCGGUACUGACGGGAUCACCUACGACAACGAGUGCCUGCUGUGUGCCCGUACCCUAGAGCCUGGAACCAGUGUUGGCAAGAAGUAUGAUGGUGAAUGUAAGAAGGAAAUUGCUAUAGUUGACUGCAGUGACUACCCUAAACCUGUCUGCUCACUUGAGUACAUGCCUCUCUGUGGCUCUGACAGCAAAACAUACAGCAAUAAGUGUGACUUCUGCAAUGCAGUCAUGGACAGCAAUGGGACUCUCACUUUAAGCCAUUUUGGAAAAUGCUGAGUAUCAGUGCUGAGAGAAUUCACCACAGGAUCCCCACUGGCAAAUCCCAACUAAAGAUCUCACCUCAGUUCAUCUCGCCCUCUGGGGAACUCAGCUCACUCCUCAUUUUCUUUC